AUGCUUACUUUUUGCUGGGAAAGUAACUUGAAGAACAUCAUGAGGCCUACAAAGCUCAGCCCAGCAGUUGCACAACUGGAACAGUUUGGCUUGGUUAACAGCAAUGAUGAAGAAUGUAUGUCCUGUGUAAACCAGCAGUUAAAUCAACCGAUCCAAAUCGAAGGCCUGAAGAUGUACAGCAUUUUUGAGUCACCUGUGUCGAUAGCAGGAGAUGAUCUCGAUUUAAUCUGUUCAUCCAAUCAAUCCGCUGUAUCAUAUAUCAGUGGAGUAAAGAGCGACGCAUCCUGCACUCUUUCCAUUGGAAAUAACUUAUCGCAUGAUGCUGAUACUUUAUCCUCUUCCUUAUUCUGCUCUUCCCUCUCCACAUCAUCUUUAAGCCCCUUCUCUCCAUCCUUCUCUUCUCCUUCCUCCAACCACUCUUCUGGCUCUGUAUCUGAGUCGUGCCUCAGAUCUCCAUCUCUAGUCUCCACUCUCUGCGGUCCACCUGAGGGCCAGGACCUCUUCAGUUGUCCGCAGCAGGAAAAGCCUCCAGAAGACUCUCUGUUUCCCAAGUCUCCCAAGAACGAACCUGUUGCUGAAUUUCACAUUUGUAGGAAUACGAGUAAGAAGCUUCUACAUGUUGAAAACAAAGAAUUGCUUCAGUAUCUCUGUGCUGACUCUAACAUAGCCAAUGAACAAACCCAGCACCAUAAUGUUUACAAUGUUAAAAAACUUCCUAUACUACAGCAAUGCAAGAAUGGCUCAGGACUGAGCGUAGAUGAUGGAGCAAAUGGCCAGCUGAGUAUUGGACACGCAUGUCAGUGGAUGGAUUGUAGAGCAACCUAUGGACGGAAAGAAGAACUCGUAAGACACAUAGAGAAGAUUCACAUAGAUCAGAGGAAAGGAGAGGACUUUACAUGUUUCUGGGCAGGAUGCGUCCGUCGACACAAACCCUUCAACGCUCGAUACAAGCUCCUCAUUCACAUGAGAGUCCAUUCUGGUGAGAAGCCCAACAAGUGCAUGUUUGAUGGCUGCAAUAAGGCAUUUUCCCGUCUGGAGAACUUAAAGAUCCACCUACGCAGCCACACUGGAGAAAAGCCCUACAUAUGCCAACAUCCCGGUUGUCUCAAAGCCUUCAGCAAUUCCAGUGAUCGGGCCAAACACCAGCGCACACACCUAGACACUAAACCAUACGCAUGUCAGCUCCCAGGAUGCACCAAGCGUUACACGGACCCCAGUUCCCUGCGCAAACACGUCAAGGCCCACUCCACUAAAGCCCUGCAGACACAGGACAAGGGCCAGCUACGCAGUAAGGUGGAGCAGGAAGUUGUGGAUGUGUGCCUUGGCCUGCAGCGUCUCCAUGGCUCUGCUCCUGCUGUACACAGCCCAGACCACAGGUGUUCUGGCUCCCUCACUAAGAUUCACCAGGAAAGCUUUACUGUAUAUUCAGAGGAAGACGAAUCCUGUACCAGAACCUUAGCCGGAGCCACCAGUAUGAGUCUGGGCCAGUUAAACAGACACUGCAAUAUGAAUCAUCACAACAAUUUGCCCAAUAACAAGCUCAGUCAGCCAAGGCUUUCUGAAUUAGUUUUUGGAUUCAACCUGGUCAGCGGUACAAAUGAAGUACAGUCUGUCUCCGACAAACAUGUAAACCCACAUCAAAAACUCAACCAGAUGUUUAAUGAAAUACCAAUAAAUCACCAAGUUUUUCAGGCCUCUUGUAAUCGAAUUGAGCAUAUUUCCAGCAACGGAGGAGACGACCUGCACACUUUUGACCAAAAUGGAUUUCCUUUUACUUGCGUAAACUCAUCUGGAUACGGUCCAAUCCAGGACACCCCGGCAGCAAGUGGAAAUCACCUCCCUCUCUUGCCCUGUUCCAGUUGGCAUGUAUGACCACUUUCUCGGUCAGAUCUGCUCUCUGUAGCCUGAGAAGUGAGCCACAGCUUUGAUCCACCGCACCUGGAAGCAACAGUGAUGGAGUCAUGAUGACAAUUUUUUUCUUGAGAAAAUUCCCUUAACAGAACUGUGUGCUGAAUCCACAUCCUCUUUGAAAUUCCUCAAGUAGUGCGUCAGAGAUAAGACUGUCUCUUUACAUGACUACGGUGCUGACAUUUUCCUGCUUCGGCACUUAUUAUGCUUCUAAAUGGACACUGUAAUUUUCUAUGUUUAAUUUACACUGAGUCUUUAUAUAACUUUGGUUCUUUUUUAAACAUUAAAGGUCUCGUUCUUUCUGUG